CCGCUCUGGCCGCUCGGAUCCUGGCCGCUCCGUUGGCACCAAGAGCAAGCGCCCGAAGGCCUCCGACGGCGAGAAGCUCGACGAAGUGCUACGCGCGCUCCGAGGCUUCGGCUCGCAACUCUCCGCGCAGUCCUACGACAUUGGCCUCAUCAAGAACCAGGUCGCUGCACAGACUGUUAGGUGUGAUCAGCUCACGGUGAAUAUGACCACCCUCACCAAUGACAUUCAAUCGAAAGUCGCUCAACUCGAAGGCCAACAGUCCGCCAUGUUCACCGACCUGAACGACCGCUUCACCACGCUCAAGAGUGAGGUCCACACGCAGAUCACGAAUGAGCUCCGCGCCCAGGAAGCACGUACAGCCGUGCCUAUCUCCGACAUAGACGACGAACAGGGUGCAGAGGUUCACGCCAAAGUUCAACAACAGAUUGCCGAGAUCAAGGCACAGUUACGCACUAUUUCGACAGCCCCCUCGGUCUCCAGCUCGGUCGAGGCGCAGCAGGACAACACUUGCACGCUGGUCGCGAUCGGCUUCCCUCGCAAGAUGCUCGCCCGCUCCCUGAAGACGAUUGCCGACGCCAUCAAGUCGCAGUACGCCCCGCAGGAUGUCCAGGCUCGGAUCACCGCCAAAUGUUUUGACAUGGCCAAGAAGAUCACCUUCCACUUCGAGAGCGCCUCAGAUGCCACGAACUUCCUGACGAACUACAGUCGCGACGGGGUCUUUCGCCAUCCUGACCCCCUCGCCCCGCAGAACAUGCUCAAUAUCAAGCUCAAGAGAGACCAGGACAUCAAAGGCCGCCAGCUGUUCCUCUCCAUGGGCAAAGUGCGCGCGCUCGUAUCCAACCUGUUGGCUCCCAGGGGCAUCGAAGUUGGCAGCAAUGGGUUGGGAGGGCUCGUAUACGCCUUGAAGUCAGAGAAUGAACCCAUCGAGAUUGCCCAGAUCCAGGUCUCGGGUGACGACCUCGCGAUUUCCGUCGAGCUCGACGCCGCUGGCCUGAGAGAGUUUGGGUUGGAGACCCAGGUGAUCGCGCUCAGGCCAGGCUUUUUCAACGACACUUUCCUCACCUCACUGAAUUUUACCAAGAGCAGGACACUAGCUAUCAUACGUGACCUGGACAUACGCUGUGGCGUCCUGGGCAAGCUCAAAGCAAAAAUGGCUAGCGAUCACAUCCCGAUUUUCAUCAAUAUCGAGCCCUUCAGGCCCCAAGAUGGCCCCAAAAACAUCCCGAAGUGGAUCUCGAAGCACCCGGAGUUCCAACGGUUCCUGGAGGCCGCCAUUGCAGAUAUGUCCACGGAGCUAGGUCCCUGGGAGCGCCUCGAGCAGCUCAAGGAAUUGAUGUUUGCCUCGGCCGCGCACGUGCGCGAGUUUGUCAAGCACGAGGUUGCCAACACACUCGAGCUUAAGCAGUAUUGGGCCUUGCAGGCUCUUCGAGACGUGAAGAUCUUAGCUGGUGCCAUGUCUUGUUCGUUAGCCGCCAACACCAGCAGCUUGAUCUCGCCCGAACAGAAGUGCGUUGCUGGCAGGGAUAUGCUCACUAAUGUUGUGGAGGCGGAGGGUUGGGGGUUGGAACAACACGUCCUCGACAGAAAGAACUCUUGCCUCUUCCUCACAGACUUUUGCGCCGCGUUCCCUUCGCUGGCGAUCCCGUGGAUGCUGCACGUGCUAGUCACUAUGAAGGUAUGCCCUUAUGUUUGCAAGUUUUUCAGCCUGCUCUACAUGUCUAAUAUAGCCAUCAUCUGCCUGGGUGGAAGGAUCCAUGGAGAGUUCAUCAUGUCGAGUGGGGUCAAACAGGGCUGCCCGAGUAGUAUGCUUCUUUUUGUACUUGCUGCAGACCCUCUGCUUCGAUGGGUUCGUUUCAAGGCGUCGGCGCACAUCGACAGGACUUUCGCCUACGCUGACGAUUUCUGCUUUGGUCUCAGAGACGUUUUCCGCUCCCUGGGCCCCCUCCUCGCCCUGCUGACUCGGCUCGAAAAGAUUGCGGGACUCAGGCUUAACUUCAAAAAGUGUCAGAUCCUGGUCGUGGGCUCCCUUGAUGUGAACCUCCUGAGGGACUCGGUUCGGUUGCUUGUGGGUGAGUUCAAAAAGAUCCAG